AUGCGCAACUUUGUCGCUCUUGUCACCGUCGCCCUUGCGUCCAACGCUGUGGCGAGAACGUUCACCGUCUUCAACCAGUGCCCCUUCACUAUUUGGCCUGCUAUCUUCACUGACCACAACGUCGGCUCAGCCAUCCCGAGCCAGCCGACUGGCUGGCAGCAGGACGCCUUCCAGACCGUCAGCUUCUUCGUGCCCAACAACUGGAGGGCUGGUCGUAUCUGGGCUCGUCGUGACUGCAACUUUGACGUGAACCCGGGCCCCAACUCAUGCCUCGACGGCGGAUGUAACGGCGGGCUCGUCUGUGACCCCAACACUGGCACAGGUGUUCCUCCCGCUACCGUUGCAGAGUUCACGCUGGCUCCAGACGGCGGCCCGGACAGCUACGAUGUUUCUCUCGUCGACGGUUACAACUUGCCUCUGAGGAUCAAUAACGACAAGGGCGGCCCUAUUGCCGACUGCCCUGUCGACCUUGGCCCCAACUGCCCUGCCCCGCUCAUAGGCCCCUUCGACUCGACUGGCUUCCCUGUGGGCUGCAAGUCCGCGUGCUUCGCUGGGCUCGGCGGCGAUCCAGCGAACAACCCGGACUGCUGCACAGGUUCGCACAACACCGCGGCGACUUGCCCGAGCUCUGGUGUCGAUUUCUACAGCUACUUCAAGUCUAACUGCCCGAACGCGUACGCGUACGCGUUCGACGACCCGACUUCGCUCCGGGCGUGCGACUCUGGCCUCCAAGCCGACUACACGCUCACCUUCUGCCCGUGA